AUGGGAAUGGGAACGGGAAUGGGUACAUACGAGUUUUUAAUUGUGUUUGUUGUCUCCCUCAUUCUGUUCGUUAAUCUUUGUAAUGGGAAUGAAGUAGUUACCAAGAUUUGCCAGCAAACUAAAGACGUUCAAUUUUGCUUAAACACAUUUGAAUCAGAUGUACGUAGUAAUGCAGUUGCUGACGCCCAUGGUAUGGCUCUACUAUCUAUUUCAAUAACCAACAAUAAUAUACAAGACACUAUGGAUCGAUUUCCAGAUAUUCGUCAAACAUUAAAAGAUCGAAUCAGUAAGCAUAGGCUAAAUGUUUGCCAAUAUGAUUAUCGCCGUGCAUUCAGAGAGUUUAGAGGGGCUUACUUCCUUGUUGAUAAAAACUCUUACUGGGACAGCAUGGAUGCCGUUGCUAAUGCAACCAAUCGUGUUAUUGAAUGUCAAAAUGUUUAUCGGAGUAGCGACCCAAUUGGCGAAUCACCCAUAGCCGCUGAUAAUCUUAAAGUGAUUAGUUUAUCAGGACUGAUUUCUGCCAUUAUUAAUAUUCUUCUCGGGAAUUAA